AUUUAAAUAUUAGCGGCGCUACCAACAGUAUGUUUUCUAACUGUUUCUAACCUAAUCUGUCCGGGCACGUGAGCUCCGUCUCUUCAAUGAUAUUUGCAUUUAUGUAUCGGUGACGCGGAAUAAAUCAGUAAAACACAUCAAAAAUAAUUGGAAUGGCUCAACGAUUAAGCAAUAAAGCGAAGCUCAAAUCAUUGUUGACUGUAACGAGUAGUGCUGUCGCUUUGUUUAGUGGCAUUUCUCUCUACCAGGGCAACGAAAAAUUUUACAGUGACAUUGCUAUACCUCUGGUGCAGUUGAUAGACCCGGAAAUCGCUCACAAACUUGCAGUAAAGACUCUGAAAUAUGGUCUUGUACCGAAGCAGAAAACUGAAGAUCCCAGCCUGCUCCGCACAACCGUGUUGGGCUUACAGUUUAAAAAUCCAAUUGGUAUGGCUGCGGGAUUUGAUAAACAAGGAGAAGUGGUAGAAGAAUUGCACAAGAUUGGUUUCAGUUUUGUAGAGAUAGGUUCUGUCACACCUAAACCUCAACCUGGUAAUCCAAAACCCAGAGUUUUUAGGUUGCCGGAAGAUAAUGCUAUUGUAAAUAGAUAUGGAUUUAACAGUGAUGGUCAUGAUAUCGUCUGGGAGCGCCUUAAGAGGUUAAAGGAGAAUAAAAACUUUGAUGGUAUUCUUGGGGUGAAUUUAGGAAGAAACAAAGAGACCAAAGAUGCUAUUCAAGAUUAUAUCGAUGGCAUAAAAAGAUUCAUGGAUGUAGCAGAUUAUUUUGUCAUUAAUGUUUCUAGUCCUAAUACUCCAGGACUUAGAUCUUUACAAAACAAGAAGAAUUUACAAGAUUUAUUGACCAAAGUGAAUGCAGCGAGGGAAUUGGUGGGUAGCAGACAGCCGUUGUUUUUAAAAUUGGCUCCUGAUUUAUUAGAUUCUGAGCGACAAGAUGUGGCAGAUGUAGUUUUAAAUCAGAAAUCCAAAGUUGAUGGUUUAGUCUUGUGCAAUACAACAAUUAUGCGACCAAAUUUAACUAAUCCAAACAAACAGGAAAGUGGUGGCCUUAGUGGUGCACCUCUUACAGAUAUUUCUACAUCUAUGAUAUCUGAUAUGUAUAGACGAACACAUGGCAGCAUUCCAAUUAUUGGGGUAGGUGGUGUUUUUUCUGGAUCUGAUGCAUAUGCCAAAAUAAGAGCUGGUGCUACUCUGAUACAACUUUAUACCUCGUACAUUUAUAACGGACCGCCAAUUGUUGGCAAGAUCAAAAGAGAGUUGUGUGAAAUACUUGAAACAAAUGGAUUUUCUUCUGUGACAGAUGCAAUAGGCAAGGAUGCUAAAAGUAAAUAAAUGUUUUGAUUCUCACGUGUUCACAUGAACAAAUAAUCUAUAUUAUUAAAUGCUAUUUAUAAAAUAUAUUGUACAUAAACAAUACUUUGUUAUAAUUGAAUAAAAGUUUUUAUUGUAUUUAUAUUAAA